AAAAUACCCUUCCUCAAUUAAUGUAAAAGAUAGAUAAGAGUAAGGGUAAAAUAGGAAAUUAGAAAAAAAUAAUGGGUUCCGGUCUCUCUUAAUAACGGUUCGAAAUUCGUUGUUCCUACACAAUUGACACUCCUUCCAAGCCUAACUGACUCUCUCUCUCUUUCCCUCCAAAAAUAAAUAAAAAAUAAAAAAUAAAAAAUAAAACAAAUAAAUAAAAAGAAAUCUAUAAAAACCCAUUUUCUCUCUUAACCAUUUUCUCUCAGAAAAACUUUCUCUCUGAUUUUCCCAGGAAAAUUCUUCGACCGAUUCUCUCAGCUUUAUUGAUUUGUUUGAAUUGAAGAUGCAAAGCCAAUACUCGAUCAACAAUGGCGUCGUUUCAUCAAACUCAUCAUUCUUCCUCGGUGGAGACGAUGAGUUCGACUCAGAUUCAUCAAACUCAUCAACCACCGCCACCGCCGCCGCUAUUGACGAUCAUCAUCGUCGUCGUAGACUCUAUUACUACAACUCUCUUCUUGUUCAAGAACGUCAAGAAAUGGUGAACCGACGUAGUCUCUGUCUUAAUCGGCUCCGAGAAGUUUCAGUCGAGGUUGCUUCUCUUCGUAACGAGAAUAGCUAUCUCAGAUCGAUUAAUGUGGAGUUGAGAAAGCAGUUUCGUCUUCUGUUACAAUCGGCUUUACAGAAUCGUCUUGGUUUUGGUAAUGGUGUUUGGAACAGAGAUGAGGAAGAAGGAGACGAUAGGGAUAUAUACUCGCGAUUGCCUAAGAGUAUUUCAGUGAAAUCUGAAGAUUACUUGAAAGUUUCAGCUCCGGCUGUUAUCAAAAAUGGCGGAAGGAGUAGUCGAGAUUCUUCUUCAAGGUCCAGAAACUGUUCUACUGCGACUCUGCAGAAUUUAGUUAAGCAAAAGGUGUACGUUGGAGGAGGGAACAAGAAGAAGGAGAAUCAUAAUCAUAAUCAUGGUGAUGUUAAUGGGAAUGAAAACCCAAUUGAGGUUGAUGUAUACAAACAAGGAGCUUUGAAGACUGAGAUCUGUAACAAAUGGCAGGAAACUGGUGAGUGUCCAUAUGGAGAUAACUGCCAGUUCGCUCAUGGAGUCGACGAACUUCGCCCUGUGAUGCGCCACCCUCGUUACAAAACCCAAGUUUGCAGGAUGGUCUUAAACGGUGCCGUUUGUCCUUAUGGUCAUCGAUGUCAUUUUCUUCAUGCACUCCCUCCUCGUCACCACAGCAACAAGGUAAAAUAAUCCCCACAUAUUUUACCAUAUCUAUCUAUAUAUAUAAAAUAAGGAUUUUGGGUCGACUUGAUUGAUGAUGAUGAUGAUGAUGGAGAUUACUUUUCGAAUAGGACAAGAUAUUUAGAGUUGGGAACAUGUUUAUAAUGAAGUAAAUAUAUAUUGGUGGGCAUAUGAUGAUGAUGAUGAUGAUGAUAUAAUUAUUAUUGUUAUGUUGGAUUAAGAUUUGAUCAAGGGGGAGAAAUUAUUUUGUAAUAGUGGAUCGAUGUGGCUUUGUGGCCUUAAUUAAGAAAGUUGAGGAUUAAGAUUUAUAAUAUGAGAAAAAUGUGAUGUUAUGCUCUGUAAAAUGUGUUAUUAUGUUAAAUUGAAUUCGUUGUGUUACUUUGAGAAA